UUAGCGCAGCACAUCCUAUUGAGUGCAUCUCCAGGGAUACUAGCGACCGGUAAAGGCGUGUGCUGUAGCCUACUCAGACUCCGCAUCUCAAUGAGGGGACGGACCAAUGUAAAUCACUGCCAAAAGGGGGGGACGAGCACCAGCUGCAGCCCAGCCUCCGUCUCGCACGGAUAACACGAGUGUAGCCACAGGGCAACAAAGAGGCACACGAUUCUCCCCACUGCCUUUACCAACCCCAAACCAUUGAAACCGAAGUGCUGCAUGCUGCAACUGGAAUUAUCUCUGAGAAAGAAGACUCGCAUUGAGACUAUCAAAACGUUAUUUCGGCGCUAAGGCGAUAUGGAGUUGGAACAUUUUGACGAACGGGACAAAGCGCAGAGGUACAACCGUGGGGGCUCUAGAGCGAACGGCCUGCCCAGUCCUACGCACAGCGCACAUUGUAGUCUGUACCGUACCCGCACCCUCCAAGCGCUGAGUUCAGAGAAGAAAGCUAAGAAGGUCCGCUUCUACCGCAACGGGGACCGGUACUUCAAGGGGAUUGUGUAUGCCAUAUCCCAGGACCGCUUCAGGUCUUUCGAAGCCCUGCUAGCUGACCUUACACGCUCUUUAUCCGACAAUGUGAACUUGCCCCAGGGGGUCCGCACGAUAUACUCCAUUGAUGGGAUAGAGAAGAUCACCAGUAUGGAUCAGCUAGAGGAGGGUGAGAGCUACGUGUGUGGCUCUAUAGAGCCUUACAAGACGCUGGAGUACAUGAAGAAUGUAAAUCCCAACUGGUCGGUCAACGUCAAGACAGCCACGGCUGCCCGUGCGCCCACCUCGCUGGCCAGCGCCAAGGCCAGCUCCACAGAGAGCAGGGAGUCGCGCGACUUCAUCCGGCCCAAGCUGGUGACCAUCAUCCGCAGCGGCGUGAAGCCGCGCAAGGCCGUGCGCAUCCUGCUCAACAAGAAGACGGCGCACUCGUUCGAGCAGGUGCUCACGGACAUCACGGAGGCGGUCAAGCUGGACUCGGGCGUCGUGAAGCGGCUCUACACUGUGGAUGGGAAAAUGUUGACGUGCCUUCAAGAUUUCUUUGGCGAUGAUGACAUCUUCAUUGCGUGUGGGCCUGAGAAGUUCCGCUACCAGGAUGACUUCCUGCUGGAUGAGAGUGAGUGCCGUGUGGUGAAGUCCACAUCCUAUGGGCGCAUCUCCUCCAUGCAGGGUCGCUGCUCGCCCCGGAGCGGUGGGCCAUCACGUAGGAGCAAGUCCCCCGCUUCCACAGGCUCAGCCAAUGGCACAGCGGGUAGUCAGCUGUCCACUCCGCGGUCAGGAAAGUCUCCUAGUCCUUCCCCUACCAGUCCCGCCAGCCUCAGAAGACGCCGGGGAUCCCAACACAGUGGCUCAUCUCUCUCACUGGCCUCCACCAAGGUGUGCAGCUCCAUGGAUGAUGGGGAUGGACCUGGCAGUGAAGCUGAGCUUGUAGAGGAGUACCCCCAGGUCCCCGCCACCAUUGCUGAGAGGUACAAAGUGGGCCGGACACUAGGGGAUGGGAACUUUGCAGUGGUGCGUGAGUGUGUGGAGAGGUCCACGGGGAGAGAGUACGCCCUGAAGAUCAUCAACAAGAGCAAGUGCAGAGGGAAGGAACACAUGAUCCAGAAUGAGGUGGCCAUCCUGAGACGAGUGAAGCACCCCAACAUUGUUCUCCUCAUCGAGGAGAUGGACACCUACAGCGAGCUGUACCUCGUCAUGGAGUUGGUCAAGGGUGGAGAUCUUUUUGAUGCCAUCACAUCUUCCAACAAGUACACCGAGAGAGAUGCCAGUGGCAUGUUGUACAACCUGGUCAGUGCCAUCAAAUACCUGCACUGCCUCAACAUUGUGCACCGAGAUAUCAAGCCAGAGAACCUGCUGGUAUAUGAGCACCAAGACAGUAGCAAGUCCCUGAAGCUGGGAGACUUUGGUCUGGCUACAAUUGUGGACGGACCUCUCUACACUGUGUGUGGGACUCCCACAUAUGUAGCACCAGAGAUCAUCGCUGAGACUGGCUAUGGUCUAAAAGUAGACAUCUGGGCGGCCGGCGUCAUCACCUACAUUCUCCUGUGUGGAUUUCCUCCUUUCCGAGGAAGUGCAGAUGACCAGGAAGCUCUCUUUGACCAGAUUCUUAUGGGCCAGCUAGACUUCCCUCUACCCUACUGGGACAAUGUCUCAGACACAGCCAAGGAGUUGAUUGUCGGCAUGCUUCAAGUGGAAGUGGAGAAGCGGUAUUCAGCUCUACAGGUGCUCGACCAUCCCUGGGUCAACGAUGAUGGCUUGUCAGAGAAUGAGCACCAGUUGUCAGUGGCUGGCAAGAUCAAGAAACACUUCAACACCGGCCCCAAGCCCGACAUCACCACAGCUGGCGUGUCUGUUAUAACAACCACCGCUCUUGAUAAGGAGGGGCAGGUUUUCCGACGAAGACGCCACCAGGAUGUGAAGUCCCCUGCACUGUCGGUCCCCCAGCCCCGGGUCCCCCAGUCCCGCCUUUCCCCUGCCCGCGUCCCCGCCAGCCUCUCCCCAGCUGAGUUCACCUCCGAAUCCGAGGACUACUCCCCCAGCUCCGCCGAGACCGUCCGGUCACCGACCUCGCCCUUCUAACACCCCCACCUCUCCCAGAUGACCCGCUGACAGGGCAGCCCUCCCCUUCCCCAACCUCCGACCAAAACUCCCCUUAUCAGUCAACAGAUAUGGAGGGAUGAUGUGGGGGAGGAGAAGGAGUGGUAGAAGAAGCAGUGUGUGGUUGAAAUGACAAUGGUGCAAUUCCCUAAACAGCACAUUGAUGCUGCAUGUUCACCGGGGAGGCAUACAGUAACCUAGCGUGGUGUCUCGAUAGUGUUUAAUAUUCAUUGGUCAUUGGAUCACAAAGCACUAUUUGUUCUAGAUUGCUGACGGUUGAGUUGGCACUGUUAUGGAGCCCCGCAGAGAGUGUCAGUGCAAAAUCUGGAUCACUUUCGAACCAUCCCAUUUCCCGCAUUUUUUUAUUAAGGUUACUUCUUCCAACACACACACACACACACACACACACACACACACACACACAGACCCCCCACACACACACACACACAUACACACCCACACAUACAAACACGUUAAGCCUUAUUUCUUGUGAUUGAGUUCUGUCCUGUUUCUUUGGACACUGAGGCCCUCUAGUGGUAAUGUGAAAGACCUGCAGUAAAUUUGCACGAGUCACUGGGACAAAUCUGUAAGCGUCUACAACGCCGGCCAUUUGGUGGUGUUGCAAGAUGGCACACUGACUGAUCAGCUUCUUCCAUAUAAGUGACAAAACCUCACAUGCCCAGAAGAUGGGCUUUUUAUGUAAUAUUUUGUAUUGAAGUUCAUACAUUUGAAAUUUUUUUAUUAACAUUUAUUUUAACUUAUUUGCUUCACUUUCAGUUUGAGCUAUUUUUGAAGUAAAAGAAGAAACAAAAGAACAAUUACAUAGGUCCAUGUCAAUUUAAUUUCACAAAAUCACUGUCUAGUGGCCUCUGAGAUGUUCUAUACCAAUAUGUGACACCUGAAAUGUACUGUAUAAUAUUUUGGUGGACAUGUGGCAGUAGAACCAGUACUGCAUAGGGUGGAGCAUAUGUUUUUUAUAUUAUUUUUAUUUUGGUGCUGACAUUUAAAAAAAAAAAAAGUUGACAAAGUAAAUUGUUUGAGAAUAGUAGGAAAUGCUGCUAUGUCCAGAUGUUGCAAACGCAUUUGUAAAUGUUUCAGACCAGUACAUGACUAUUGUAUGGGUGUCUUGGACACGCCUGUUAUAGUGAAGUAUACUAGCUUCUUGUAGACCUUAUUAGAGCUUUGUUGGCCUUUUGGUUCAGACUCUUCUAUCUGAAGGCAGUAAAGGAAAAAGGAAACGGAUGUAUAAGAGACUAUAGGGUCAUAGGGUUACGUACAGAUCAAGUGCAGUUUCUCAUGUCAUGUAAGAAAUAUGCCGAGAUUUCAACACAGCACAAAACAGACAUUUAACAUUUUAAUCAUAACCCUUAUGUAACCGUCCAUGGUUUGUGAUUGUAAAAAUAGAAAAUAAUAAAUCAUGUAUUUCUUAGCUGUAGUCCACUUGGGGCAAACAGGAUAUAGCAAAUGAGAGACUCAAGCACAGUAGUUAGUCUUUGUUGGGCAGAGACAACACUGAUGUAUAUGAAUAGAGAUUUUACACGUCUCCAAUAUAUGGGGCUAUGUAGCAUUUGAAUGUGAAGAUCUCCAUUCUGCCUGAGUUGCCCGAGUUUUCCAUGACUAAGGCAGAGUAUGGUGGCCAUAGCCAGAAACUGAAUACAUUUGCUGUCAGUAUGAUGGAUACAAUGCAUUUAAUGAACCAUUUUAUUCUAGUCUUGGGGUGGUGAUCAGAUGAUUUAGAGCCUCUCAAUUGGGUUAAAAAAAGAAAAGCAAAAUACUUUUGUAAAAGAAAAAGACAGAGAAGGAGAGAUACAUGUAAUUCUGGGCAAGCCCACAACAAAUAACUAAGAGUAUUAGUGACCGUCACAAUACAGAAGUUAACAGUAUAUUGAAUGUAAUUGGUCCAAGUGACCAAAUGUCACGAUAGCACAUAACAUAAUACUAAACAAAUGAAAAAUAAUUGUAGGUAGUGUAAUUAUCCAGUUGACCUGUACUCUUACUCUAUAUGUAAAAAUGACACGUGUGAAAUGAUAGUUUAGUUCAGCGCGUGCUUUGAAUAAAGUACAAAUGAGAUUAAUUUUAUGACCCAUUUGAUCUCGGAAAAGCGACGGAAAAGUUCACUAUUUUACUGCCUUGUCCUCUGAAUGCGCUCUCAGCUAACAUUCAAGCCACUAUACAAUACCUACAGCUAUACAUUACACACUAAAUACAGCUCUGGAAAAAAACUGACCAUUGCAAGCUAAUAAUUUUUCUGGUUUUACUCUGUAUCCGUUUGUGUUUUAAUGAAAUUAACAUUUUAUUUCUUUCAAAUUAGUUUUUAUCUUUUUGUUUUCCAGAGCUGUAUCUAUUCUACCGUCAGACAAUGUAUACCAGUAUCUAAACCAAUGUUUCAGAGAUUUUACAGAUCAUACAUUCAGUUUUACAUUUGACCGUCUGUUGUGUACAAUUUUCCUCUUUUUUGUGUAGACCAAUCUGUAUGUUAAGUGUAUUAUGAACAUAUUUCAUUUGGUCCACUUUGUUCAGUGUGACGUUCAGAAGUGCUUUGGACCCAGUGGAUGUCACUGUGGCCUAGUGCACACUCUUCAAUCGAAGCCCCCCCCCCCCCCCCCCCCAUGUGCAUGUGUGUAGGUGUGCUUUUGUAAGUGAAUGACUAGUGCUCUCAUAUGUUUUUUUUUUCUGUUGUAGGUCCACUUGAGUGGAUUUUUGGGUUUGGGUGUGUUUGUUUCUCCCACUGUAAAAUGUGAUCCCAAAAAUGAACCGGUUCAAAUAAAUGCAGCACAAACCAGUUGACAAUUCAGUUCAAACUAGCUAACUAGCUAAACUAUGUCACAGUGACAGAAGUUGACACAUUACAUGGCUGAAUUUUAGCGACUGUAAAUCGGUGUGUAUGACAAGCACAAGAAGGCAUGUAGUUUAUUUGCUAUAUGGCAUGCAUUUUCCUUUGUUAAGAGAAAUGUUAAGAUAAUGUUUGUAAUUGUCUAUAAAUAACAUUCUGUAGAAGAAAAAAAAAACAUGCGACAAGACACUGUAUGCAGAUUGAUCCCAGAGUCUGUGUCUUAAUGUAAGAGUGAGUGAUGUAAGGAAAUAAGGAAUUCAUAAUUUCAGUGCAUUUUCCAUGAAUGUAGUAUGGUCAAUGGUCCAUAGUACUCAGUCUCUUUGUGUUUCCAUCUAGUAGUUUAAAGGCUUUCUGGACGACAUUUGGAGGAGUGUAAUACCAUUGCUUCUAUGUGCAGUAGCAGCCAACAUUGGUGCACUCAGCCAAAAACCAAACAUGAAUAAACACAUUUCCUUCA